CGGCGGGUUCGCUCCGGGCCGGCUUCCCCGGCGCGGGGGGCAGGGCUGAGCCGCGUGCCCUUCGCCGCCGCUGUCGGCGCUGCGCUCCGUUCCGCCUCUGCCGCGGCGGCUCCCGGAGAGGGCGGUGAGGGCGCCGGGAAGAGGAGGGACGUCUGCUGUGGAGCAUGAAGCAGCAUGUCUGAUAAAAUGUCCAGCUUCCUCUACAUAGGGGACAUCGUGUCCCUGUACGCGGAGGGCUCGGUCAACGGCUUCAUCAGCACCCUGGGGUUAGUGGAUGACAGAUGUGUGGUGCAUCCAGAGGCUGGAGACCUCGCCAACCCUCCCAAGAAAUUCAGAGACUGCCUCUUUAAGGUGUGCCCUAUGAACCGAUAUUCUGCCCAGAAACAAUAUUGGAAAGCUAAGCAAGCCAAACAGGGGAACCACACAGAGGCAGCCUUGCUGAAGAAAUUACAGCAUGCUGCGGAACUGGAACAAAAACAAAAUGAAUCAGAGAAUAAGAAACUGUUGGGAGAAAUUGUGAAAUACAGUAAUGUUAUACAACUACUACAUAUAAAAAGCAACAAGUAUCUGACUGUCAACAAGAGAUUACCUGCUUUAUUGGAGAAGAAUGCCAUGCGUGUGUCCUUGGAUGCUGCCGGCAAUGAAGGGUCUUGGUUUUAUAUUCAUCCCUUCUGGAAGCUGAGAAGCGAGGGUGACAAUAUUGUCGUAGGCGACAAAGUUGUUUUGAUGCCCGUGAAUGCAGGACAACCACUACAUGCCAGCAACAUAGAGCUUCUCGAUAAUCCAGGGUGUAAAGAGGUGAAUGCUGUUAAUUGCAACACUAGCUGGAAAAUCACUUUAUUCAUGAAAUAUAGUUCCUAUCGAGAGGAUGUACUAAAAGGAGGUGAUGUUGUUAGGUUGUUUCAUGCAGAACAAGAGAAGUUUCUGACUUGUGAUGAAUAUGAGAAAAAACAACACAUUUUCCUUCGUACAACCUUGCGUCAAUCAGCCACUUCUGCUACUAGUUCCAAAGCACUCUGGGAAAUAGAGGUAGUUCAUCAUGACCCAUGCCGUGGGGGUGCUGGACAAUGGAACAGCUUGUUCAGAUUUAAACACCUCGCAACUGGGAACUAUUUAGCCGCAGAGCUUAAUCCUGAUUAUCGAGAUGCUCAAAAUGAAGGAAAAAAUGUGAGAGAUGGAGAGCUUCCAGCUUCAAAGAAGAAACGCCAGGCAGGGGAGAAGAUCAUGUACACUUUAGUCUCAGUACCCCAUGGAAAUGACAUUGCAUCCCUCUUUGAACUGGAUGCCACAACUCUUCAGAGAGCUGACUGCCUGGUCCCAAGGAACUCAUAUGUUCGGUUAAGGCAUUUAUGUACCAACACGUGGGUCACAAGCACCAGUAUCCCCAUAGACACAGAUGAAGAGAGACCUGUUAUGUUAAAGAUUGGAACGUGCCAAACAAAAGAAGAUAAGGAAGCAUUUGCCAUUGUGUCUGUCCCGCUGUCUGAGGUCCGAGACUUAGACUUUGCCAAUGAUGCAAAUAAAGUGCUGGCGACCACAGUUAAAAAGCUGGAAAAUGGCACAAUAACUCAGAAUGAAAGGAGGUUUGUAACCAAAUUAUUGGAAGACCUCAUCUUCUUUGUGGCUGAUGUACUUAAUAAUGGACAAGAAGUUUUGGAUGUCGUUAUCACUAAGCCAAACCGAGAACGCCAAAAAUUAAUGAGGGAACAAAACAUAUUGGCACAGGUAUUUGGAAUUCUCAAAGCUCCCUUUAAGGAGAAAGCGGGAGAAGGCUCAAUGCUGAGACUUGAAGAUCUGGGGGACCAAAGAUACGCUCCUUAUAAGUACAUGCUGAGGCUAUGUUACCGCGUGCUCAGACAUUCACAGCAGGACUACAGGAAAAAUCAGGAAUAUAUUGCUAAGAAUUUCUGUGUCAUGCAGUCCCAGAUUGGCUAUGAUAUUUUGGCAGAAGAUACCAUCACAGCUUUGUUGCACAACAACAGAAAACUACUAGAGAAACAUAUCACAGCAAAAGAAAUAGAAACAUUUGUCAGUUUACUCAGGAGAAAUCGUGAGCCAAGGUUUUUGGAUUACUUAUCAGAUCUGUGUGUGUCUAAUACUACUGCUAUACCUGUAACGCAAGAACUCAUCUGUAAAUUUAUGUUGAGCCCAGGCAAUGCAGACAUUCUCAUUCAAACCAAGCUAGUCUCCAUGCAAGUAGACACCCCUUUGGAGAGCUCCAUCCUUUCAGAUGACAUUGAUGAUGAAGAAGUUUGGCUCUACUGGAUUGACAGCAACAAGGAACCUCAUGGCAAAGCUAUCAGACACCUCGCACAAGAAGCGAAAGAAGGCACCAAAGCUGAUUUGGAAGUUCUCACCUAUUACAGGUACCAGCUAAACCUCUUUGCAAGGAUGUGCUUAGAUCGCCAGUAUCUGGCCAUAAACCAGAUUUCUACACAGCUCUCUGUCGAUCUGAUCCUGCGGUGUGUGUCGGAUGAGAGCCUGCCAUUUGACCUCCGAGCGUCAUUCUGUCGACUCAUGCUCCACAUGCAUGUUGACCGGGACCCCCAGGAGUCUGUGGUACCUGUUCGCUAUGCCAGGCUCUGGACAGAAAUCCCCACAAAGAUCACAAUUCAUGAAUAUGAUUCUAUAACAGACUCUUCCAGAAAUGAUAUGAAGAGGAAAUUCGCACUGACAAUGGAAUUUGUUGAAGAAUACUUGAAAGAAGUUGUAAAUCAGCCCUUUCCUUUUGGGGAUAAAGAAAAAAACAAACUGACGUUUGAGGUGGUUCACUUGGCUCGGAAUCUUAUAUACUUUGGGUUUUACAGCUUCAGUGAAUUGUUAAGGCUAACAAGAACACUUCUGGCUAUCCUAGAUAUUGUACAGGCCCCCAUGUCAUCAUAUUUUGAAAGAUUAAGCAAAUUUCAAGAUGGAGGAAACAAUGUCAUGAGAACCAUCCACGGGGUGGGAGAGAUGAUGACCCAGAUGGUACUCAGCCGAGGCUCUAUCUUCCCCAUGAGUGUGCCUGACGUUCAGCCCAGCAUCCACCCCAGCAAGCAAGGGAGCCCUGUAGAGCCUGAGGACGUGACCGUGAUGGACACCAAACUGAAGAUUAUUGAGAUUUUACAGUUUAUCCUGAGUGUCAGACUAGAUUAUAGGAUCUCAUAUAUGCUGUCAAUAUAUAAGAAGGAAUUUGGAGAGAACAAUGAAAAUGCUGAAGCUUCCGCCAGUGGCUCUCCAGAAACAUUACUGCCGUCAGCAAUUGUUCCUGAUAUAGAUGAAAUUGCAGCUCAGGCAGAAACAAUGUUUGCUGGAAGAAAGGAAAAAAAUCCAGUUCAACUUGAUGAUGAAGGAGGCAGGACAUUUUUACGGGUCCUCAUUCAUCUGAUCAUGCACGACUACCCUCCUCUGCUCUCAGGGGCCCUGCAACUACUGUUCAAGCACUUCAGCCAGAGAGCGGAAGUUUUACAGGCAUUUAAACAGGUGCAAUUGCUGGUGUCCAAUCAAGAUGUAGAUAACUACAAGCAGAUCAAGGCGGAUCUAGACCAGCUUCGACUCACUGUAGAAAAAUCUGAAUUAUGGGUUGAGAAGAGCAGCAGCUAUGAGAAUGGAGAAAUGGGUGAAAGUCAAGUAAAAGGUGGUGAAGAGCCAAUUGAGGAAUCAAGCAUUUUAAGUCCAGUGCAGGAUGGAACAAGGAAACCUCAGAUUGACAGCAACAGGGGUAAUAACUACCGCAUCGUAAAGGAGAUUUUGAUUAGACUAAGUAAACUCUGUGUACAGAAUAAAAAGUGUCGAAAUCAACAUCAACGAUUACUGAAAAAUAUGGGAGCCCAUUCGGUGGUGUUGGACCUUCUGCAGAUACCCUAUGAAAAGAAUGAUGAAAAGAUGAAUGAAGUAAUGAAUCUGGCCCAUACAUUCCUGCAGAAUUUCUGUAGGGGAAAUCCACAGAACCAAGUUCUCCUUCAUAAACAUCUCAAUUUGUUUCUAACUCCUGGUCUCCUCGAAGCAGAAACCAUGCGGCACAUCUUCAUGAACAACUACCAUCUCUGCAAUGAGAUCAGUGAGAGGGUAGUACAGCACUUUGUGCACUGCAUUGAGACACAUGGCCGUCACGUGGAGUACCUGAGAUUUUUGCAAACAAUUGUGAAAGCAGAUGGCAAAUAUGUGAAGAAAUGCCAGGAUAUGGUAAUGACGGAGUUGAUAAAUGGGGGUGAAGAUGUGCUGAUAUUUUACAAUGAUAGAGCAUCAUUUCCCAUCCUUCUCCAUAUGAUGUGUUCAGAGAGAGACCGAGGGGAUGAGAGUGGCCCCUUAGCUUACCACAUCACCCUGGUGGAGUUGCUGGCAGCGUGCACAGAGGGGAAAAAUGUCUACACUGAAAUCAAGUGCAAUUCCCUUCUGCCCUUGGACGACAUAGUGAGGGUGGUGACCCAUGAUGACUGCAUCCCUGAGGUUAAAAUUGCUUAUGUGAAUUUUGUUAAUCACUGUUACGUGGACACAGAAGUGGAAAUGAAAGAAAUCUACACAAGUAACCACAUUUGGAAAUUAUUUGAGAACUUCUUGGUGGAUAUGGCAAGGGUUUGCAACACAACCACAGACAGGAAGCAUGCAGACACGUUCUUGGAGAAGUGUGUGACUGAGUCCAUAAUGAACAUUGUGAGCGGCUUCUUUAAUUCCCCAUUUUCAGACAAUAGUACAAGCCUCCAGACACAUCAGCCAGUUUUUAUUCAGCUGCUGCAAUCUGCCUUCAGGAUUUACAAUUGCACCUGGCCAAAUCCAGCACAGAAAUCCUCUGUGGAGUCUUGUAUCAGAACUUUGGCUGAAGUGGCAAAGAAUCGUGGAAUUGCCAUUCCAGUGGAUUUGGACAGCCAAGUGAAUACUCUUUUCCUGAAGAGCCAUUCUAAUAUGGUGCAGAGGGCAGCCAUGGGUUGGAGACUGUCUGCUCGCUCUGGACCACGUUAUAAGGAAGCUCUUGGAGGACCUGCUUGGGAUUAUAGAAACAUUAUUGAAAAGUUACAGGAUGUAGUGGCCUCGUUGGAGCAACAGUUCAGUCCGAUGAUGCAGGCUGAAUUCUCAGUGUUGGUUGAUGUGUUGUACAGUCCAGAACUACUGUUCCCCGAGGGGAGUGAUGCAAGAAUAAGAUGUGGUGCUUUCAUGUCCAAGUUGAUUAAUCAUACAAAGAAACUGAUGGAGAAGGAAGAAAAGUUGUGCAUUAAAAUUCUCCAGACUUUACGAGAAAUGCUAGAGAAGAAAGACAGCUUUGUGGAAGAGGGUAACACAUUAAGAAAAAUACUCCUGAAUCGCUACUUUAAAGGAGACUAUGGAGUUGGUAUCAAUGGACAUCUCUCUGGAACCUACAGCAAAUCUACACAAGGGGGAGGGAGCUUUUCGGGACAAGAUUCAGAUAAGACGGGCAUAUCAAUGUCAGAUAUUCAGUGUCUACUAGAUAAAGAAGGUGCCUCUGAACUCGUCAUUGAUGUCAUAGUGAACACCAAAAACGACAGAAUUUUUUCAGAAGGCAUUUUACUUGGCAUCGCCUUGCUCGAAGGAGGAAAUACACAAACUCAGUAUUCUUUUUACCAGCAAUUACAUGAACAAAAAAAGUCAGAAAAAUUCUUCAAAGUUCUGUAUGACCGAAUGAAGGCUGCUCAGAAAGAGAUAAGAUCGACAGUGACGGUUAAUACCAUAGACUUAGGUAACAAAAAAAGGGAUGAUGACAGCGACCUGAUGACAUCUGGUCCACGAAUGAGAGUAAGAGAUUCAUCAUUACUUUUAAAAGAGGGAAUGAAAGGUCAAUUAACAGAAGCUUCUUCGGCAACCUCCAAAGCAUACUGUGUGUACAGAAGAGAAAUGGAUCCAGAAAUAGAUAUGAUGUGUGCAGGAUCGGAAGCGGGAAAUGCCGAGGAAAAGUCUGCCGAGGAAGUAACCAUGAGUCCUGCAAUUACCAUCAUGCAGCCCAUACUGAGGUUUCUGCAGUUGCUAUGUGAAAAUCACAACCGGGAGCUGCAGAACUUCUUGAGGAAUCAAAACAACAAAACAAAUUAUAACCUCGUCUGUGAGACCCUUCAGUUUUUGGACUGCAUUUGUGGAAGUACCACGGGUGGCCUGGGACUUUUGGGUCUUUACAUCAAUGAGAAGAAUGUUGUGCUGGUCAACCAGACUCUGGAGAGCUUGACGGAGUAUUGCCAGGGACCAUGCCAUGAAAAUCAGACGUGUAUUGCUACUCAUGAAUCAAAUGGGAUUGAUAUCAUCAUUGCUUUGAUUCUAAAUGACAUAAACCCUCUCGGUAAAUAUCGAAUGGAUCUGGUGCUCCAACUAAAGAACAAUGCCUCCAAGCUCUUGCUGGCCAUCAUGGAAAGCAGACAUGACAGCGAGAAUGCGGAAAGAAUUCUUUUUAACAUGAGACCCAGGGAAUUGGUGGACGUGAUGAAGAACGCCUAUAACCAAGGAUUGGAAUGUGACCAUGGGGAUGAUGAUGGAGGAGAUGAUGGUGUUUCCCCAAAGGAUGUUGGGCACAAUAUCUAUAUUCUGGCCCAUCAGUUGGCCCGUCACAACAAACUCUUACAGCAGAUGCUCAAACCAGGAUCAGAUCCAGAUGACGGGGAUGAAGCCUUAAAAUAUUAUGCCAACCACACUGCACAGAUCGAGAUUGUUCGGCAUGAUAGGACAAUGGAACAAAUAGUUUUUCCUGUCCCCAAUAUAUGUGAAUACCUUACGCGAGAAUCCAAGUGUCGUGUGUUCAAUACCACUGAAAGGGAUGAACAAGGAAGUAAAGUGAAUGACUUUUUCCAGCAAACUGAAGAUCUCUACAAUGAAAUGAAGUGGCAGAAGAAAAUCAGGAGUAACCCUGCGCUGUUCUGGUUCUCAAGGCACAUAUCCCUCUGGGGGAGCAUUUCCUUCAACUUGGCUGUGUUCAUCAAUUUAGCCGUUGCUCUCUUCUACCCAUUUGGGGAUGAUGGAGAUGAAGGUACUCUUUCUCCAUUGUUCUCAGUUCUUCUUUGGAUAGCAGUUGCAAUCUGCACCUCGAUGCUGUUUUUCUUCUCCAAGCCUGUGGGUAUCCGGCCAUUUCUUGUGUCAAUAAUGCUCAGAUCAAUAUAUACAAUAGGUCUUGGACCUACAUUAAUACUCCUUGGUGCAGCUAAUCUUUGUAAUAAAAUAGUGUUUCUGGUGAGUUUUGUGGGAAAUCGCGGCACUUUCACCCGAGGCUACCGAGCGGUCAUCCUGGAUAUGGCCUUUCUCUAUCACGUGGCGUAUGUCCUGGUUUGCAUGCUGGGCCUCUUUGUCCACGAAUUCUUCUAUAGCUUCCUGCUGUUUGAUUUGGUGUACAGAGAAGAGACUCUGCUCAAUGUCAUAAAGAGUGUCACACGAAAUGGCCGCUCCAUUAUUCUAACUGCAGUUCUGGCUCUCAUCCUUGUCUACCUGUUUUCCAUUAUUGGGUUCCUUUUCCUGAAGGAUGACUUCACAAUGGAAGUGGAUCGACUGAAAAACAGAACUCCUAUUACAGGUAGUAAUGAAGUUCCUACUAUGACUUUAACUUCAAUAAUGGGAACAUGUGAAAAGGACAACUGCUCACCCACAUUACCGGCUUCAAAUACAGCAGAUGAAGAGUAUGAAGAUGGAAUUGAAAGGACGUGUGACACACUGCUAAUGUGCAUUGUCACUGUCCUGAACCAGGGCCUCAGGAAUGGCGGCGGCGUGGGAAACGUUCUGAGAAGGCCAUCGAAAGAUGAGCCCUUGUUUGCUGCCCGAGUGGUGUAUGACCUUCUUUUUUACUUCAUUGUUAUCAUCAUCGUUCUUAACUUGAUUUUUGGUGUUAUCAUUGAUACUUUUGCUGAUCUCAGAAGUGAAAAACAGAAAAAGGAAGAAAUUCUAAAGACAACAUGUUUCAUCUGUGGACUUGAGAGGGACAAGUUUGAUAAUAAAACUGUUUCAUUUGAAGAACACAUCAAGUCAGAACACAACAUGUGGCAUUAUUUGUACUUCCUAGUCCUGGUGAAGGUUAAGGACCCCACCGAAUAUACUGGGCCUGAAAGUUAUGUGGCUCAAAUGAUUGUGGAGAAGAAUUUAGACUGGUUUCCUCGGAUGCGAGCCAUGUCCCUCGUCAGCAAUGAAGGGGACAGUGAGCAAAAUGAGAUUCGGAACCUGCAGGAGAAGUUGGAAUCCACCAUGAGUCUGGUCAAGCAGCUGUCGGGUCAGCUGGCAGAGCUCAAAGAGCAGAUGACAGAACAAAGGAAGAAUAAGCAGAGACUGGGCUUUCUCGGAUCAAACACACCCCAUGUGAAUCAUCACAUGCCACCACACUGAUACCAUGGGGGGGAGUGCCUGAUCACUGAAUAAAGAACUGAGACGGAGGGGAGUGAACAGUGCCUAUUGUUGAAAGUUAAAAACAACCAAGUGCCAAGAUGUUGAGUGGUUUAGCUCUGAGAACAAUUUCUAACUGUGUUUUCAUGGUUGAGGAGACCAAACUUAAAAGCUAGAAAGCACACAUCACGCACUCUUAAUGUAACGCGAAGUAGCUUGCUCACGUGGCAGCAGAGGGGCGGGGGGCAGGGUGGAAAGGGGUGGGGUGCGGUGCCCACAGAACUACCUUUUGCUAAAUCAACGAGUCCGUUUUGUCUUAAGUGCUGGCUGCGACCUUCCUCAUGGUUGCUGGGGACUUACUUCUUUUAAUCGUGGCAUAGAGGCUAGUGAUACAGGUAUUCAGACUGUGGGGGCUGCGUUUCACUAAGGAAAAGAAUGGAAAAGAUUAAAACUGAGGUUUGCAAAGAAAAAUGUUAAUGCUUCCAAACCGUAGCUGUCACGGGGCAAUUCUCGUAUUUGUCACGUGCGACACAAUGGAUUUACAGCUCUGCGAACAUUGUGCUUUGGAGCUUCCUCUCCUCAUGCUGACAGCACAGCUCAGAUGGGAUUGCUUUCUCCCAGAUUUGGGGGCCUCUGUCGAUGUGGAGCACAAAAGGGGAUUUUUCAUAUAACCUGCUCAAAACAUGUUUUAAGUCGUGUAUAGUGUAAGAUUUUUAAAGAUUGGGGGAAGAAAAAGCUGACAGGAAGCCCCAGGGAGGAAUUAUUUGUGAGUCUAUGUGUGCUAUUAAAAUAUAUUGAGAAUAAUAAAUGAAAGUGCUUAAAGGUGACAGGGACUAUUGAGAAACUUAUGAUGGUCACAUUGCCUUUUAUAAAUAUGGAGUAGAGGCUUUUGAUUCAUGUUUGCUGUGCUUAAAGAACUGAGUGGUUUUAUUUAUCCUAUUUCUGCAGUUCGGGGGGAGAGCUACGAAAUUUAUUGAAGGCUCAAGAAAAUGCAGCAUUUCAAUUGCACGUUUUAAACUGUAUCAGUAAGAGCUUUUCAGCAUGUAGAAAGAUAAUAAUCUCUUCCCCCAAAUUGCUUUUAUGUUAAAUUAUGCAACCAGGAUUUGUGGAAGGAGAAAAUAACCUGCCAUGCUCGUAAUAUUCUUGGAGACUACAUGUUUAGAACGUUAAAGCAAAAUGCGGGUAAUGAAAAGCACUGUUGCGUGGUGAGGGGACAGGACACAGGACACCAGACUCUGGGAGAUGCUUUGCAAGUUGCUCUCUGGCCCCUGCCCCCACAGGAACAAUUAUUUCCAGAGUCCUUAAACUCUCAAGUUAUGACCGCCAAGGUUCAAGGUCUGGAUGGGGUUUGCUCUGACCAUUUUAAAGCCUUUGGUUGUUGUCAUUUAACUUGUCGGCUCUUAAAAUUCUCAAAUCGUGGUCCGGGUAGAUUAUAAAGGAUUCCUGAACCAAUCCUUCUUCCACAAUGUUAAAAUAUAGAUUUGGAGAGAAGCUGUGGAAACCCAGAGCAGCAAUUUUUUAACUGAAUCUUCUGGUACUUCUCAUCCCCCACCCCAGUACUUCCCCACAUUAAGAAUUCUUUACUGUGACACCAUAGUAUUUUCCCUUACCAGUCCCUGAAGGACCAUGAUCCAAAAAUACUAGGACACUGAGAUAUCUAUCUGCACGCACCACAGAACUUUGAGCCGAGUAGGCAUUCAGCCUGUCUAUGAGAAAUUCUACUGGUGCUCAGUUACCCUCAAUUCUUUAUUAAAACUUUAAACUGUGUCACAUACUUGAUUUUUUUUAAAUGGCUUUACCAAAACCAAAGUAGACCAAAGCAGCCAUUGUUUUAAUCCAAGACCAUCACUAUUAUGACUGUAUUGGAUGAACGUACACUUUAAAAUAUUUUAAUGAGAGAGUGUGCAGGUGGGGAGAAAUGGAGAAAAUUGGUAAGGACUGACCAUACUCUGGAAUGGAAACCCAUCUCUUUUUUAACACAAAAUAAAAUAUUUUUGAUGUCUGAACAUCAAGAGAAUAGAUUAAUUUGUAUAGAUGAUAGCAACCUGUUUUUCACGUGAUGAACUAUCUAUUCUUUUCUGGGACCAUGAUAGUCCUUUUUUACAGUGAAUAAACCAGUGGGUGUAUAACUGCCAUCAACAAAUGGCCUAAUGUCUCCAACCGGUAUGAGUGGCAACUCGCCAUUUCACGGAUCUUUUCCCCUGGGGAGUGUCCAAAAGAGACUGCAGCUAACAAGACUCUUGUUCCAAACUGAAAUAUUUCUCAGUUGUGUUUUCUUUCCUGCCUAAAUACUUGGAGCCUAUAGCAAAAGAAAUAAAAACAAGCAAAUAAAGAGGGCACUUUCCAGGCUCUUAAAGUCAUGAUGUUGUGGGAAGAUAAUGGGAAAUUUGAUAUUUGAUGGAAGUUUGUAUUUGUUAUGUAGAUGUUUGUUAAUGCAACUGGAAUAUUUGACCAAGGCAAGUAUCAGUUAACAUUUUAUAUUUAUAUAGUGACAUUAAAAUGAAUACAGUAGUCUUUGAUUUUGCUAUUAAGGAAAAUGUUUUACUCUUUAGUUACUAAAAUGCGUAUCAGUUUAAAAGGAUCAAUUUCUUAUGAAUAUAGUUUUUAAUUUCAAAACGAUUUUAUUCCCUUGCGUGCUACAUUGUGAGGCCCAAGAGUUUAAUGGAAGCAUGUUUCCUAAGUUAUAGUAUCAUUUUAGGUAAGAAAAUGUUUGUGUCAUAUCAGACUAUAAUAUUAAUAAAUAAAUUAUAUAGCAUGUAAAAAUUA